AUGGCGCCCAAGAAGGCAGCGGGCUCAGCAGGUGGCUCGCCUUCAAAGGCGACCCACGCCUCGCGUGCAGCUGCGCUGCUCUCCAAAGCACGCGCACAAGCCUCGUCGCACCCAGCCGCCUCCACCUCUCGCGCCUCCACCACCCCUUCUCCGACCAAGCCAUCUGGCGCCGUCUCAUCAUCCGCGAUCCCGCUACCGGAGCUGCUCAAGACGCUGUCGUCGAAAGGCGGGCUGACGAUGCGCGAUGCGAUGGCGGUGGCGGGUAAGCUGAUCAAUGCGCGCGCCAACACGCCCGAGGCACUGGCGCACAUCUCGCUCAUCAUGCUCCAGGAUAUCGGCAUCGAGUCGGAGGAGCAUCGCAAACGUGCAGUGCUUGCAUUCAAAGGCAAACGCGCCGCGGGCUUCAUUGCCACCUCCCCCGCUACCUCCUCGGCUGGAUUGGCGCCCGAUUUCGGCACGUUCCGUAAGCGACGACGUGCUGAUGACGACGAGACGCUCGGAAGGGAGUAUGGCAACGUCGCUGCGCCGUCCGACUCGCGUGCGCGGCGACCAGUCCAGAUCGAGUAUACGUUCAACGAGGUGCUCGAGGCCGAUGCCUUGCGUGGUCGAUAUGCGGUGGUGAAUCGCGCGCCCGUCAUGACAGCAUGGGCCGUGGUGCUGUUGGAAAGGCUGGGGUUUAGUAGGCGCGAGGCAUUGAGUCUGGCGCACUGCUAUGUCAACUACACCAGCACCAUGCGCGGCAUCAGCCUCGGCAUCAUCCCUGCGGCGGAGAAAGAACGCGCAGUGCAUACGGUGGGCCCGAACCAGCCGCACUUUGAGCUGAUGGGCGUCAAGAUCCCCGUGAUGCACAUGCAGGACGGCACCUACCGCGGCAUCAGUGCCGGCGAAGUGGUCGGGCCCGAAAAGGCGUUCAGCUACAUGCGCAAAGCAAUGGCCCAAACCCUGGCCAGCGUCGUUGGCGCCCUGACCCUGCUGGCGGAUAGCUUUAUGGAGGAGCAGGCAGGAGGAGAGUAUGGAGGCGAGUAUCUGAAUCAGAGGGGGUACGAGCUGUAUGCCGAGUUCCGACCGGGGACGGCGGGCGAGUGGGGGAAAAAGGGUAGACUGUGGUACGAUAAGAUCCUCGCGCUCCGAAGAGGGUGCGAGGACGAGCUGAGGGAGUGGAACAACAAGCAGGCGUUGCUCGAGCAGGACGGUCCGGCCGAAGAGGAGUGGGCCGAGGACGUCGAACGUCUCGUUCAGGAGGAGUUGGACAAAGAACACGCUCAGCAUGCCCAGGUUAAGGCCGAAGUUUCAUCCACGAAGCAAGAAGCGGAGACGUAG